AGCAGUAGCACAGAUAGCGAGGGGUCUAUUUUCAAGAGCCAUCCACAUUUGGCACAGACACUAUAAAUCUGAUUUUUCUCCUCGCUGCCCCGGCCCUUCAAACACUCUUUCCUUCAGCUCUGAGACUCGAGGAGCUUCACUAAGUGUGAGAAUUUAAGACAAUCAUGGCUGACGAAUCUAAAAAAUCCAAGAUCUCCUCCUCUCGACGGCUGGGGUUGAAGAUCAGACUGUUGGCUGUUGCAGCUCAGAUGCUGCAGGAGGAGACGGAGCAGAGGAUGAGGGAGAGAGAAGCUGCUCUGGCAGAAAAACUUCCUCCUCUGAAUCUGGCUGGUCUGUCUUUGGAAGAUCUGCAGGAAGUGUGCAAAGACUUGUACCAUAAGAUUGAUGUUGUGGACGAGGAGCGCUAUGACAUCGGCCUGAAGGUUUCCAAAAAUGGCAAGGAGAUUGAAAACAUGAACCUGAAGAUCACUGAGAUCCAGAGUAAGUUUAAGAAGCCGACCCUGAAGAGAGUGAAGAUCUCGGCUGAGGCCAUGCUGAGCGUCCUGCUGGGCUCCAAACACAAAGAGUCCAUUGACUUCAAGGCCAACCUCAAAACAGUCAAGAAAGAGGAGGAAAAGAAAGAGGAAGUGACUGACUGGCGUAAGAACGUGGAGGCCAUGUCGGGUAUGGAGGGCCGGAAGAAGCUGUUUAAUGCCUCUGGAAACUAAAGAAACAAUUAUUUUCCAGUAUUUAAAUCAUUUCCUAAUUUAUCAUUACUUAA